AAUUCCCCGUAUUCACCGCUGAGGGGCGGGCGUGCAACUACUAACUGCGUCUCCAAAGAAAUGACUACAACAACCAUAGACAUAUGACUACAACUCCCAGCAUCCGGCUGAGUUGACGGAAGUCGGCGCGGUUUGCAGCUGGUUACCUUGUUUUGAAAUUCAUGGACUGAAAUCCACAACGGGCGAUAAGGCGAUAAUACACAGAUUACAUAGUAAAGCCGAGAACACCGCCCGCUCAGGAGGGCAGAGGUGUUAAAACGAACCUGUUUCUGCUGAGAACCAGUGACCGUGACGACGUGCAGUUGUUGUAGUUUAUGAGGAUAGCAUGUGAAGUCUGAAACAAAGCGUGAUCCAGCGUGUGUAGAGAAUUAAUGAAACCCUUAGACUCAGACGAGGAGGAAGAGGAGCAGCUAGGUGCUUAUCACAAGGAGCUGAGACAGCGGGCUAACCAGAGCAUACAGCAGCUGAGCAGUACUCUGGAUCAGCUGACGCCUGAUGGAGAAGAGGUGGAGGAGCCCAGAGGCAGUGAUGUUAGACCCUUCACUGCCAUGUCAGAGGAGGCUGCAUGGAGCCAAAAGACACAGAGUGAAGCAGUUAAUCAGUUGAAGAGCCUUCUACUGAAGCAGUGUAAAGAAAUUCCUUCAUCUCUCUCACCUUCAAAGAAACAGUCUCCGUCCAAGAGGGUUCAACAGGAAGGAAGGUCCAGUUUGCCUGCUUUUCAGGAUCUGGUCCCAAUGAGUCACAACCAGUCAGAGUACAUCCAACACCUGGAAGCUGAGGUCAAAUUUUGCAAAGAAGAGCUGCAGGGGUUGAAACAGCGGGUCAGAGUGGUGGUGAUCGAGAACGAGAAGCUGCAUUCAGAAAUUAAAUCCAAAGCUGCCGAGGACUCUUUGAAAGAUUACACCAUCGGAAACGCCACGGUGAAUGAGAGUUUGGCAGCCUCCAAAUCAGGCCACAGUGUGCUGCAGAGUCCUGAACACACCACAUGGAAAAACGAGCUGGAACAGUUGAAAGGGAUCUACCAGGCUCAGACUGGAAGCUUGGAGGCUCAGGUCAUCUCUCUUAGGAAGGAUCUGUCAGUCAGUCAAAGGGAGUGUGAGGAGCUGAAAGUUCGUCUGAGACACAGGGAGAAACAGGCUGCAGAUAAACAGAGGUCUGGCGGGGCCCCUUGUGUUGCAGGAUUGUGUCUGAAGUGUGCACAGCAUGAGGCUGUAUUGGCCGGGACUCACACGAAUCUACAUGUCCAGGCCAUUGACAGGCUCACAAAGGAGCGUGAUGAGUUACUUGUGGCUCUGCAAGCUGUGCGUGCCAGUCAACAGGAGGCCCAACAGAGGGAGUGGUCAGCCUGUCUUCAGGUCAAACAGGCCGUGGAGAUGGCUGAAGAAGCAAAUCUGUAUAAAGCGAGGGUGGAGGUGCAGUUUGAGCAGCUGUCCAGGGAGCUCACUCGACAGAGGGAACAAAGAGAACAAGAAGCACAGGCUUUGCCAAAGAGACUUGCUGAGGCCAGAGAGGAGGGUCGAGCUGAGGCUCGCAAACAGAAAGAGGAGCUGGCACAUACAGUGUCCAGCCUCUCCCAGCAAGUUGCUGAGCUGGAAGGGCAGCUAGACAGAGCUCAUCGAGACAAGAGCUCGCUGACCAAUCAACUGGAUGAUACUCUCCACAGACUGACCACUCAGGAACAAGACAAUACCAAGGUGUGUGUGGAUCUGCGUUAUCAACUCAGCCAGGCCCAGCUGAAAAAAGAGGAGGCAGAGAGUGAGCUCCGAGAGCUCAACACCAAGACCAGUAGACGGAUGGAAAAGGCUGCACAGGAAGUGGAAAGGCUGAGCUCAGAGCUGGUUGGCUGCCGGCAGCAUCUGGAGGCGGUCCAAAAGGACGGGAGCCAAUGGCAGGCCGAAGCCCUGAGCCUAGCAGAACAGCUGGCAAAUGCCCAGCGCCAACUGCACCUCACCAGACAGGACAGAGAGAGCGCAGAUCGAGCUCAUGAGGAGGAGAUGGCGUCCGUGACUCAGUCUGCACGGGAAAAGGAGAGAGAGAUGGCUGCACUGCUGCAGAAAACAGAGGCUGAAUACCAGCUGAGAGUUGAGGAGUUGGAUGGUCUGCUGAGUUCCCAGAAUUCCCUGAUCAGGAAGCUGAAGGAUGGAUGCUGCAUGCUUGGGGCACGACUGGAGGCAGUAACUGAAAACAACAGAAGUGAGAUGGAGCAGCUGGCCCUGGAGAAGCAGCACCUAGAAGAGACGGUGAAGAGUCUGAGAGCUCGCUGCUCCGACAUGGAGGAACAGUGUGUCCAACACGGCCGCAUGCACCAGCGCAUGAAAGACAGACUGCAGCAGUUGGACCGUCACUGUCAGAGCAGCGCCCAGCAGGUGUGUGAGCUGCUGGCCAAACAGAACCAGCUGAUGCAGGAGAGAAACACACUCAGCGAGGAGAUGCAGAGCCUACACACAGAGCUGCCAAACAUGAGACGCGUGGAGAGUGUGUCCACCUGAGUCUGUCCUACCUGUCUCCUCCUCUGAGUCUGGAUGUCCUCAGAAACCUCCUGUAGACGAGAACAUAUCAAACUAUUACUGAUGAUUAUUACACUGUGUGAUAUGCAGUAUGACGGGUUGUGUGCACAUUUUGUGUUGUACGUUUGGCAGUAUAGUGUCCCUGCGAUUUACUGAGUGGAUGUAGAAACCAGGAUGUUUGUUAGCCUUCUUUUUUCACAUUAAAUCUUUUGAAUAAAUAA